AUGCCGUCGGAACGCGACUACCAAAUCUCCCCCAUUGUGCAGGAAUCCGUGAUGCACAACACCAAGACCCUAUCAAACUUGCAGAGUCUUUCAGCAUCCCUCUUCGGUGUCGCGGCCGGCAUCCUCGGUCUCGAAUCGUACAGCGGCUUCCUCUUCUACCUCGUCUUCUCUUUCAUCACCGCCGCCUUGUUCUACGUCCUGCGCAUCGCUCCCGAAUCGACAUCAGCAGGUCUCCCAUUCCUCAGCACGAGCCGUUACUUCAAGGGGCCGUUCGACUUCUGGACGAGUGGGCUGCUCGGAGGUCUUUCUGGUUUCAUUCUCACCUGGACUUUGUUCUACGGUUUGGUGAGGGCUUAA